CCACACUCCACACUCCACACUCUUUGACUCUACCUCUCUAAUCUUUAGUUGUCACCCGUUUUGGCGUUUCUCCGUGCCAACGUACACACGACUCUCUCUCUCUCCCUGGGCACUGAAAGUAGCAGCUUGCCCAGAAAUUCACCUCCCCUUCCUUUCUCGAAACCCUAAGCAACUAAGCUAGUUGAUAGCGAUCAGAUCUACAGACAUUUUAUGCAUUUGUUAUCCAGUGAAGCAGCUUUAGCUAGUGGGAGUUUAAAUGGCGAACUCCGACCCAACAAGACGACCGAGGCCGGGACCAUGGCCGCCGACACCCGAGGCCACUGCAGUGCCAUCGUCGUGGGCCAAGAGGACUGGAUUCAGAGCGAGGUUCUCUGGUGAGACGAAUGCGAGUGAUUCUGGUCAGAUUAUUCCAGUUCCAAAACCUAAGGAGGCGGAGCCACAAGUGGAUCUUGAAUCCGGUCGAGCUCGGGCGCCUCCAGCUGCGAAUGGUGAGCAUGAGAGUGAGAAAAUGCCAGUGUCGACCGAUAGAGAUCAAUCUGUUAAGAAGAGAAGGGAGACGGAGGGAACUGCAAGGAGCGCAGCAGCGCCCAAUACCAACGGCCAGGCUCGGUCUGACCCUCCGCCUCAGCCUCCAAAACCCAGCCGAGAAGAAGAGGUCGUUGGUGUCUUGCCUCAAUCCAUUGACGACCAAGGGUUUGCGGGACAUCACACUCAUAUGAAAUACGAGCUCAGAGAUAACCCUGGCCUCGUUCCCAUUGGUUUGUAUGGACUUCAGCAUUAUCUUUCCAUGUUGGGUUCCUUGAUUCUAAUUCCACUUGUCAUAGUUCCAGCGAUGGGCGGCAGUCAUGAGGAUACUUCUGUGGUGGUAUCUACUGUACUAUUCGUUUCAGGGAUGACAACACUGCUGCACACGUUCUUCGGGUCUAGGUUACCGUUGACACAAGGUCCAUCUUUUGUUUAUCUGGCUCCAGCACUGGCAAUAAUUAACUCACCUCAGUUCCAGGGACUGAGUGGAAAUAAUUUUAGGCAUGUUAUGAAGGAGCUGCAGGGAGCUAUUAUUAUAUCUUCUGCAUUUCAAGCAGUAUUGGGGUAUAGUGGGAUCAUGUCAGUCUUUCUGAGGCUGAUCAAUCCAGUGGUUGUAGCCCCUACAAUUGCUGCUGUUGGACUCUCCUUCUAUAGUUAUGGUUUCCCUCAAGUGGGUAACUGCAUUGAGAUUGGCGCAGUGCAGAUAUUGUUGGUCAUUAUUUUUUCGCUUUAUCUUCGUAAAAUAUCUGUCUUCGGUCAUCGUAUGUUUCUAGUUUAUGCAGUUCCCUUGAGUCUUGCAAUCACAUGGGCUGCAGCUUUCCUUCUUACUGAAGUUGGUGCCUAUAAUUACAAGGGUUGUGAUAUAAAUGUACCUGCCUCAAAUAUUAUAUCUGAAUCCUGCAGAAAACAUGUUUUGAGGAUGAAGCACUGUCGAGUUGAUACUUCUCAUGCACUGAAAUCUUCCCCAUGGUUUAGAUUUCCAUACCCGUUACAAUGGGGUACACCUAUCUUUGACUGGAAAAUGGCUUUAGUAAUGUGUGUGGUGUCCAUAGUUGCAUCAGUUGAUUCAGUUGGUUCAUACCACGCAUCAUCAUUAUUGGUUGCAUCCAGACCUCCAACACCAGGUGUCGUCAGCCGUGGUAUUGGUCUUGAAGGCCUUUCAAGUGUCUUGGCAGGUCUGUGGGGUACAGGAACUGGUUCUACGACUCUUACUGAAAAUGUGCACACAAUUGCAGUAACCAAAAUGGGUAGCCGAAGAUCAGUUGAGUUAGGUGCAUGUAUUUUGAUACUCUUGUCUCUUGUCGGAAAAGUUGGGGGUUUUAUUGCUUCAAUUCCUGAUGUCAUGGUGGCUGCAUUGUUGUGUUUCAUGUGGGCGAUGCUUACCGCAUUAGGGUUAUCAAAUUUACGGUACAGUGAAGCAGGAAGCUCCAGAAAUAUUAUUAUAGUUGGGCUUUCUCUGUUUUUCUCCUUGUCAAUACCUGCUUACUUCCAGCAAUAUGGUGCUAUUCCUAAUGCCAACUCAUCCGUCCCAAGUUAUUUCCAACCAUACAUUGUAUCAUCUCAUGGUCCUAUUCGCAGUAAAUAUGGCGGGUUGAACUAUGUUUUGAACACCCUGCUGUCAUUUCAUAUGGUGAUUGCAUUCAUCAUUGCUGUAAUCUUGGACAAUACCGUACCUGGAAGUCGGCAAGAACGUGGGGUGUAUGUCUGGUCUGAAUCAGAGAGUGCAAGUAGAGAACCUGCAGUUGCCAAAGACUAUGGGUUGCCUUUCAGAGUUGGACGAGUCUUCAGAUGGGUCAAAUGGGUUGGGCUUUGAGAGGUAAGGUUUUUAUUAGAUAUAUCCCAUUGAUUGUUUUCUCCCCUGCAUUCAUCAGAUGUUGCCAGGCAGUGCAACUCAAAAGGAUGAUUCUCAUACGUCAGAUGGUCUUGAAUCAAAUGUAGAAAAAUGGCAUAUGAUGGAUAUUCUGUCAGGGGACAUCUGUGAGAUCAAGGAACAAAUCCUCUUGUGCACUAUAGGAGAGUCAUGGAAAGAUGUAUCGGUGUUCUAAUUCCAGUUAUGAACAAUGUAUGUGAUCUGAAUCACAGGAAUUUGCAACUUGGGAUGGAUUCUUCCUUCUCCCCCAUUCUUAAUGUUUGCGAGUUCAGUAUUGGGAUUUCCAGCUUCUGGGAGGGGAUAUCUGGAAGAAUAUUAGAAUGAGUUAAAAUUUUGUACAGCAAUGGAGGCUAGGUUCUUUCUCAAGAAUUGGUCUUUGAUUAUGGUCAUGUGAUGAUACUUCUGAGAAAUCUUCAGUUCUCAUUCACCAACUUGUAUAAUCAACUGUUUUGAAUGGUACAAAUGUCAAGAAAAUCCUAUCUAUGGUGCUUGGGCGUCCAAUGGGGAGUGGGGUGGUGCCUGAGACUGCUGCCUCUUUCAUGAUUAUCCAGCGAAUUUCCAUCUUCAACCUUUUUUGCUGCUCUGGUCUUUUAAGUGUGUACCCUCUUUGAGGUCUGAAGUCUGUUUCUAGAAAAAGUUUUAGUUAUCGUUGCUGUAAAUUGUUUAGACCAUUACAAUGAUGUUUUAUUUCGUAAAUCCGAAUAUACAGACCAAGACUUAAAUUUAUAUUACGUCAACUUGUUCA